GUGUUGGUAGCUCAGUCGCUCAGCAACACUCAGAUGAAGGAGCUGUUAGGAACGCAUGCUGUUGAGAUAGAUGUUUCCACCCUGUUUGGCAGGGUGCUGUCCUGUGGGAUGGAUGACACCCAAGAGCAGGACCAGUACGAGGAGCGCCUAAAAGAAGUUUUUAACAGUUUUGAUGCCAGCGGCUCCGGCUCACUGUGCCCGGAGGAACUCUCUGACCUCUGCCAGUCCCUGCACCUGGAUGACGCCACACCAGCUCUUCUCCACAUACUGCUGCAGAGCCAGGACCGCCUCACUGCCAGGGUUGACUUUGACCAAUUCAAAAAUGCACUUAUUCUGGUACUGUCAUCAACUCUUGAGCCACCACAAGCAGAACUGGAGACCUUGUCAAAACCAGACUCUCCUGAGAUCCAACCAAAGUUCGUGAAGGGCAGUAAACGUUAUGGCCGCCGCUCCACGCCGGAGUUCAUGGAGCCCAUAUCAGACUUCUGUGAAGUUACAAACGCAAACCCAGUGGAGGAGGACGAUCUAGAAGACAACUAUGACUCUGCUGUUCCCCGGAAGCGUGAGCGCUGGAAUGCUCACGAAUCAAGCACAGAGGAGUAUGAGGCAGAAGGCCAGAUGCAUCUCUGGAACCCCGAUGAGCCGAGCACACCUCGGAAAGCCAUCUUUCCUCCGUCCACCUGUUUGGAGGAGAGACUGCGUAAAGCCUGUGACAAGCUGGAGAUAUCAUGGGACGGAUGUGCCGGUCACACCCAACUGCUCGCACUUUGUGAACACCUGGGCCUGGAGAUAAAUUUAGAUGUGCUCCACAGUCUACCCGGUGAUGGAGUGAUGAAUGUUCAGGAGUUUGUUUCCAGGGUUGUAAACGACAACAAACCCCCCACACCGUCUGCCUCCACGCCCUACAGACAGCUUAAACGACACCACUCCACUCAGCCCUUUGAUGAGGGAGGCCGUAGGAUAGCCACUCCUUUUGCUCUGACCAGCACCAUCGGCAUGCGUCUCUUCUCCACCCUUGAUGACGGUACCGGUUUCACUCCAGUUGAAUACAUCCUGGAUGCCUGGCUGGAAGAGGGAAUAGAAAACAGCAUGGAGAUCCUGCAGGCUUUGAAUUUCAGCCUAGAUGGAAAACUGAGUCUUGGGGAUCUCACCAUGGCACUUGAGAAUGAGCUACUCGUUACUAAGAAUGGGAUUCACCAAGCGGCACUGGCCAGCUUCAAAGCUGAGAUCAGAUAUCUUCUAGAGCGUUUAGACCGAGAACUCAGGGAGAAAGAGAAAAUCCAAUCUGACUUGGAAAAAGCCGAGAAACUGAAAACUCAGCUCGCCACUGAGGUGGAUGAGCGUCACUCUGCCAUUGAGCACAUGAAUGACCUCAAUCUCAGGAAGCUUGAACAGGACCACAAAGAGAAGCUAGCAGCUGUACGAUCAGAGCUGACCAAGGAGAUGGACCAGAUCCAGCAACAGGCCAGCCUGCAGCGCAAGGAACUAGAGUCAGAGGUCGAGAAGAUCAGGGAGGAUGAAUCCUUUCUCAGAGACCACCUUUCCAUCUCUGUGAAGGAAAACAGACGCCUUGAAAUGGAGUUGCUGGACAUCACCGAAAAACUAGUGGAGACGCAAAGCCAAAAUACAAAACUCCAGACAAGUUUGGACAACAUUAUGAAAGAAAAGUUUGGAGACUUGGACCCUGGCAGUGCAGACUUGUUACUCCAAGAGGAACGUAUUAAAGAACUACGCAGCAGCUACGAAGCUCAGUGCAGGGAGCUGCAGGAUCGUAUUGACGAGCUGCAGUCAGAGUUGCAGGAGUUCCACGGUCUCGGGCGAGUUCAUCAGCCCUGCAACAAACCUCUCUCUGAAGAGCUGGAGAGUAAAAGCCCCGGCAUGGAGUCUGAUCCAGGUAUUGGUUGCGAGGAGGUUCAGCCCUUCAGCAUGAGCCUUGAGGCAGAGAUGAUGUUGGAGCAGCUGAAGGAGCAACACCUUCAGGAAAUGGAGGAUUUGCAAAACCAGCUGGAAAGCAAGAUCAAUGAAUUUGAUAAGAUGGUAGGAGAGCAGAGGGCGACCCAUGAGGAACAGCUGGCUGCCUUAGCCCUCCAGUACCAGCAGGAGGUCCAGGCGUUGAGGGGGGAGAUGGUCGGCAUUCAGAACCGGGGACAGGAGCUCCAGAACCAGCUAGAGCAGGCAGAGCUGGAGCGGACUAGUCUGGAGCAGAAGCAGGCCCAGGAGAGGGAAGAGCUGGAGAAUCUGCAGGAGGAGGAAGUGGGAGCUUUUAGACAGAAACUGCUGGAGGCCCACACCUGCACUGCAGACCUGGAGGAGCAGCUGAAGACCCUGGAAGCCCUGCAGACGGAGACGGAUGGACAUCUCGUAGACGAGCUGAGGAAACAACACGCCGUGGAGAUUAAGAAACUGGGGGACGAGCACGCAGAGCUUUCUGAAGCCAGACUGGAAGAGGAGCGAGAGAAACUGCAGGAAGAGCAGGCUGAGUUGGAGAAGAGAUUGUUAGGUGAUUGGGAACGGGAGAAAGAGCUGUUGCAACAAAGCCAUGAAGCCGAACUGCAGGCCAGACUAGAAGAGGCAAAGGCAAGGUUUGAGGAAGAGCGCGACGAGAUUGUGCAGAGGCUGACAGAUCAGUGGCAGGAAGAGAGGGCUCAGCUGGAAGAGCAGAAUAAUGAGACUCUGCAUGUGGCGCUGGAGGAAGAGAUAUCGAGACUCGCCAGGGAACAAGAAGAGAAGGAGGGCGAGCUCCGGGAGCAGUGGGAGAGCGAACGGGGCCAGCUUCAGGAGCGUCAGGAGCAGGCUCUGCUUGAUAGAAUACUGCAGGAACGGUUGCAGGUGCAGGAGAAGUUUGAGCAGAGGGAGAAAAAGCUGAAGGAGGAGUGGGAGAGGGAGAGACUGCAAUUGGAGGAGGAUUACGAAGGGAUGCUCCAGGACAGGCUGAAUGAAGAGAAGGAGAAGCGUGAGACUGAGAAAGAGGAGGAGAAGAGAGUGAAACGCUUUAUGGCAGAGGAGAGGGAUCGUCUAGAGGAGAGCCACCGCGAGGCCGUGAAGGAUCUGACCGACAAGCACGCCAGAGAGAGGGACGCUCUCAGCAGCGUGUUGGACAAACUACGGGAGGACAUCGCUCAGGAGAGGAGAGAAACGGAGAUCAGCUUCACCCAGAGAAUCAAGGAAGUGGAAAGUCGUUUCUCAGGUGAUCAGGAAUCAGUCGCGGAGCGUUUACAGACUGACAUUUUGAAACUGGAACAGCACUACCAAAGUAAGCUGAAGGCUCUUUCUGAAAGGCACAGCGAGCAGGAGCUCAGCUGGGAGGCACAGAUGCAGGAGGUCCUCGCGAACGCUGAGGAUCAAAGAAGAAUGAUGGAGGAGGCCACGGAGCAAGAAAAGGAGAGCCUGGAUCUAGAGUGGACAAAACGGCAACAUGAGCUAGAAAGUCUUCAUCAAGAGGAAAUAGAAGAACUUGUGCUAAAGAACCAGCGACUGCAAAACGAGCUGGACGACUUUAUCAGUGUGGCUCAGACUAAAGAGAUAGCACUGAGUAGGCAGCUGAAUGACCUCCAUAACCGGCUCCAAGGAAGUCUGGAAACCAAAGACGAGCUUCUUGCUCAGUCUGAGAAGAAAGCGCUCGAGAUUGAGCUCCUGCUAGAUCAAACGGUGGCAGAUUUUAAACAGGAGAGGGAAGAGCUUCUGUGCAGCCAGUCAGAACUUCAGGCAAAAUACACCGAGAUGCUUUCCAUCUCUGAGAGGCAGAUUACUGAGAGGAUUGAACUGUUAACUGAGCGCGACGAUUUCAAGAUGAAGAUCGAGGAGCUGGAGACGCUGCUUAGACAGGCAGCAGUGGACUUUGAGCUUGAGAGAAGGGAGCUACAGGAACAUACAUCCAUCCUUGUGGAAACGUUGGAACGCAAUCGAGAGAAUGACCGAGAAGAGCUCAUAGCCGAAAGAGAUGCGCUUAAAAUCCGAAUAAAAGAGCUGGAGAUGGAAUUGAAUCAUGUUUUGUCUUGUGCCAAAAAGGCUAAGGAAGAAGAAAUGAAAGAAUUAAAAGAUAAAAACACUUCAAUGGAGGAAGAAUCUAUAUCUUUAUCUGGUGAAGAACAGGAAACCCGUUUGGCACCACCUGAAAUCUUUCUCAAUGAUGCUAUUCUUCGCUAUUCCUCUAAUCCGGAAGUGUUUAGUUUGUCACCAUUUCUGGUUGAGCAAGACGUUAAUGUAGAGACUUUAACGGAGGCCCCUGAUGCAGUGGAUGGAGGUCCUGAAAAUAUCGAAAAUGUUGAUAAAGAAUAUGUUGAAAACAUCGCCGCUACCGGUGAUGAUCAAGGAGACAACAUGGCAGAAGUAAAUCAAGUUGUUGCUGUCCCAGAAGAUUACCAAAUUGUGGAUUCAAGUUCUGAGAAAGUUGAGGGAGACCCAGAAGUCGGCGGCUGUUCUGUAGAAAUUGGACAUGAAGACCCUGAAGUGACGUCCUGUGGCGUCCACUACCCAGAUUCCCCAGUUCCAGAUGGAGAUAAUUCAACUGUUGAAUCCAAAAACGAAGCGGUUUCCCCACAGAUGCGGUGUGAGGCGGUCUCGCCCCCUGAGGCUUCAGAAGGUGUAGAUGCCGAGGAAGUUGCAACAGAUUGUGAGAAUAAAGUAGCUCUUGAAUCAUGUGAGGAGGAGAACAAACCUCAAGAUGUACAAACUUUGGAAAAUGAAAGCACUUACCAGGAAGAUGAGCAAUGUCAUGAGACUGCGGUUAACCCCUCCGUGCUGGAGGACACAGGUGACCCAGAUGAACGGCCUCUGGUGGAUGCUGAGGUUGGGUGUUUACCAAAUAACUCUCACGACCGUAGGCAGGAAGUUGAACUUGUUUCCGACUCAGACUCUGAACGGUUAACCACCGAAUGCACACGUGAUUGUCUGGAAAGUCUGGAUGAAGAUGCUGAUUGGGAGGAACGGGGAUGUUCUCCCCCUAAACUCCAGGCUUUGUAUUACACUGCCACGGAAGAGAACCUCCUCCUACAUGAGAAGAUUUCUCUGCUUCAGCAGAAGACUGAAAUACUAGAGAAUCUUCUGGCUCAUAACACUGAAAAGAUCAAAACUGGCAACCAGAUAUUGGAGGAAAACUAUAGCCUCAAGGUAAAAGUGCUCAUUUUAAUGGAGCAUGUCAAAGAGCUGGACGUAAAAGCCUUAAAGAUGACCGAUCUUCAGAUUAGAUAUGAAGAUUGCAUGUGCGAAAACGCCAAACUGAAGGAGCAAAACGGUGAACUUGAAAAGAGAGUUUGGAGCCUUGAAAGCAGGAUGAAUAUUUUCCACGAAUUCCAAGAUGGGCAGAUUGUGCUGGUGGAUGAGAUCAGCAGGAUGAGAGGGGAGAACGGUGAACUCUCCGAGUUGUUAAGUGAAUUGGAGUGGGAGGGUGGAAUUCUUUCAGCCGUACACCCAGACGCCGAACAACCGGAGAGCGCCACAGAGGAGUCUCUCCUGGAUAAAGUUCUGGCAGUGACUGAUUUGGAGGACAGCUGCGAGGAGUUUGAGAAGCAGAACACCAAACUGCGCAGAGCCAUCACAGAGCUACAGGACGAAUCGUAUUCAUUAAAUGAAACCACUCAUGCUCAUAGAUCUGAGGCCAGUCGUCUCGCUGAAGAAAACGUCCUCCUCAAGCAAAAGAUUGCCGCGUUGAAGGAAGAGGACUUGAAAGAGGUCCAGGAAGAGUUGAUACAAACACUGGAGCACUUAAAAAAAGGGAAGAUUGCGGCUCAAAAGGCAGCGGAGAUUUUCAAGAAACAGAUUUCAGAGCUGCGUUUGCAGAGCCAGCAAUUCGAGGAUAAGAAUGUGAUGCUGUCAGAGAAAAAUGCCCAAAAUAUUUCUGAUAUGGAGAAUCUACGACAGCAGCUGGCAGAGCUGAUGAGGGAGAACGAGAGGAGGGAGGUGUACGCCGCUGAAGAGAGAAACAAGCUGGCAGCUUGUGUGUCUUCUCUGGAGGCAGAGCUGACCAAAGCUCUGGAGGACGCUGCACAGCUGCAGCAGAGGAAUACCCAGCUGUCACUGCAACUCUCUGGCCUCCGAGAGAAGGCAGUCAGAGUGGACUCUAUGGAGAGUCAGCUCAGCCACCUGAUAGAGGAGCGGAUGAGCACGGAUACGGAGACUCAGGGCCUCUGCAACCAGCUAGCCAGAUCUCAAGAGAGAGUCAAGACGGUGGAUGAAACUCUUCAGGCUGUGAGCCAUCAAAGUGCUCGUCUUAAGUCAGACCUCCGUGUUUUGCAGCAGGAGAGGGAUUCCCUAAAACUUGAAAAUUCAGUGCUACACAAACAGCUGCAAAAUGUCAACGAUAAAAACCACAUUUUAGAGAUGGCCUUGCACUCGAGUGGUCUUCAGAGUCAGAGCAAGAAGCUGUACAGGGAUAAGAUGUCUCGGCUGCUGGACCAGGAGCAGCAACUCCUGAGGCAGGAAAACGAGAGGCUUCAGGCUGAAGUGUGCAACGUCAAAGGAGACCUCAUGCAGUCCAGAGAACAGGUCCGUCAGCUUGAUGCGACUGUGCUGUCCCUGAAGCAGCACAAACCACAGAGUCAGCCCUCCCUGGUGAAGGCCUUGGAACAGGAGAACGCCUCUCUGAAGCAGGAGCUCGAGGCACAAAAGGAGCUCACCAAGGGCUGCGAAGCAGGACAAGGACACACAGAGCUGGAGGGCCUUCAACAAGAAAAUGAGGCCCUCAGGGCCCAAAUGACUCGGCUGUCUACACAGCUGCUAGAGACAUUUCAGGUUCAGUUGGUCGGACUUCUGCCUCCAUCACCUCACAGGAUGCCCAGGGGACAGCAUCGUGGUGAAGAUCCGGACAACAUGCAGGACUGAAGUAGUGAUCAUCUGGGUGUGGUCUAUGAAGGUAAAUAUGGUGCAAAAUGCGAGAGCUUGUAGUCUUGAUGUAAGCACUUGUAGAAUACGAUGUGAGAUAGUAACCCUGCUUCCAAAGUUACAAAUCAGUUUAGCACUAGGGAUGGCACGAUACCACAAAUCUGGUACCAAUACCAAGAAAAGACAGUGUUUCAGUGUUUUCUUUUGGUUUCAACUUUCUGUUAUGGUGUGGAGGGGAAAGGAGAGCGUGAUUUUACAAAAACGUCAUUCCUCUGGACCCCACAGCCCGUUGCUUUGAAGCCUGGCAUCACCACACAGCCAGCCUACGGUACCGUCUUUCAUGAGUUCACCUGGAACUCCCAGACACCAAGCAUGUUUAGUUAAGUCUGUUUCUCUCUGCCGUUGUUGUUUUUCACAAGCACUAUCAGAGCACACGUCAGGUUGUGAUAGACAACGGCAGAGAGAAAUGGACUCCAUUCCGGUUUGGGAGUUCCAGGUGAAGUCGUGAAACCCACCGCUGUAGAUGUACGAUAAAGCCAGAAGCUGAAUGCGGUCAAGCCGUACAGGGAGACGAGGGGCUAUUCGCUGUUUUUCCGUGCUGGUCGGUGUUCUUCUUCAGCAUUUAGCGGCAGUCUAGAACAUUUUUAACAUUAGGCGUAUAUACUGCCCCCGUCAGAAUGCAUCCCCCGGAACCUGGAAAAAUGAGUACCGGCACGUUUUCAGAAUUUUGGUACAGAGUUGGUACCGAAGUAUCGGUUCUGGUGACAUCCCUGUUUAGCACCACAUGUAUUGCAAGAAGUGUUGCAGAAGUUGAGGCUCGCAGAUUUGCCACUGUGGGAUGCGAGAGAGCACAUACUGUAUGUGAAGUUGCAGUAACAGAUUUGUUGUGGUUGUGAAAAUAUAAGUAAAUGUUGUACUACAAGUUUGCAGCGGUCAUGUUAUUUAUAUGUAAAUAUCAGUCUACACAUUGGUGAAUAUUUUUUCUAGGAGUUCACAUUCAGAACAUGGGUGUGUGAAUAUUUUUUACAAGUGCAAGUUUUAACAUACAAGUUGUUCUGCAAGUUCUCGCAUCGUAUUCUACAAGUGCUCCCAUCAAGUCUACAAGCUCUCGCAUUUUGCACCAUAUUUACCUUCAUAUUUACCUGGUGGCUGUUAAUCCAUUUGUCGUAUUGCACAAACCUCUGUCUCACCCCAGUUAGAUAGAUGUAGUUUGUACGAGUUUAUCAGUAAAUAGUGUCAUCCCUUUUAGUGUAUUUUAAUAGCAUCUGACUUUUUGUUGUCAUUUUUAUCUGCAGCAUGAUCCUACUAGUUAUCACCAGGUUACCAUCAAAUGUAUUAUAAUCACUGUGUAUACUAUACAUUCAUGUUGUUAAUAUUUAUGUCUGUUCAGUAGUUUUAUUUUAUUAUCUAGUUAUUUACAUGACCUCCUGGGAUUAUUCAGGUUAUUUAUCUGAUGGUAGGUAUGUAUGCAUACCAGAUCUAACGGCAGAAUCUAUGGACCUCACACAAAUUUUAACAGCCUACAUAGUGUCCCAGGAGAUAUUCAACAAUGGAGUAAAUGAAGUAAACCCAGCCUCCCAUAAAUACUAACCAACAUAACCCGAACAAAACAAAAUCUACAUUUUUGAACAUUUUCGUUAUUGCCGAUUUUAUUUAUAAAGCACAUUUUCAAGUGUUUUAC